ACGCAGCCGAGGUAAUCCUUCUCCUUCUGAUUUGUGCAACACGCCUCCGUGACGCUUUAAAGACGCCUGGCUUCUUGAGGAGGACAGGACAAAAAAAAUCCUCGUGGGAUAGAUAGCGAGCUAUAUCACAGGACUGCACAGAAAGCAGGCAUGGCAUCCCCGAGCCUAGGGUUUAACGGGGCUCGGAAGAAAGCCACCGCGAGGAACGGAGCCGUGGAGAGGCGGAAUUUAAUCACCGUGUGCAGGUUCUCGGUGAAAACGCUGAUCGACCGGUCUUGUUACGAAACGAUAGAUGACACAUCACCAGAGUUCAUCAAUUUUGUCUCCAUUCUGGAGCAGAUCCUCAGCCAUCGGCUCAAAGGACAGAUCACUUGGUUUGGCUACGAGAGUCCACGCAGUUUCUGGGAUUAUGUGCGUGUGGCCUGUAGCAAAGUCCCUCACGGCUGCAUCCCGAGCAUUGAGAGCAUGGAGAAUGUACGCAGUUCCAGAGCCAAGGGUCGAGCUUGGAUCAGAAUUGCCUUGAUGGAGAAACGGCUCUCUGAAUAUAUAUCUGCUGCCUUGAGAGACUUCAAAACCACAAGAAGGUUUUAUGAGGAUGGUGCGAUAGUGCUGGGAGAGGAAGCUGGUGUGCUGGCAGAUACUCUUAUUGGACUAAAUGCUAUUGAUUUCAGUUUUUGUCUGAAGGGUGAGAGUUUGGAUGGAAGCUGUCCUGCUGUUAUUGACUACACACCUUACCUCAAGUUCACACAAACCUCAGACAGCAUCAGCAGUGACGAGGAGGAGAUGAGGACUCUGGGUAGCAGUGGCAGCGAGGCCAGCACUCCGGAGACAAACAUGGCCGCCUGCCUGAGCACGGACCUGAGCAGCUGGUACAGCAAGUGUAAAAGAGUGGAGCAGAAAUACAGAGUAGUGCUGGAACAAAAGGGUUAUCUGGAGGAGUUGGUGCGCCUGAGAGAGGCUCAGCUCUCAGAGUCCGUCUCCCAAAACAAAGCUUUAUUGCAGCGUUUUGCCGAAACCAGCAUAAGCCAUAAACUGGAGAAAGAACAGCUGGAGUUCAUCAUCCUGGAGCUGCAGGACCAGCUCAGAACUGUACUCAAGAACCAUGACCUGAGAUCCAGACAGGAGCUCACCGCUCACUUGACCAAUCAAUGGCCCUCGCCUGGUGCCAUGGACAGUAACGCCGUCGCUCUGGACACCCUACUCUACCAGAAGCGCACAGGACGCUGGGAAGAGAAGAGCUUCCCGAGUCUGGACCAGCUGUCCGCCGAUAUGAGUCUGUCUCAGACGUCCCUGGAGCCGGGACACAGACACACACACAGUCUGGAUGGCAAGACUGGACUCGCCCCCUGGCACAGAGAAGGUAAAGAGGACACACCAUCUCUCAGAGGUCUGUGUGGGUCUCUGACUUCAGUAGCCAGCUAUAAAUCUCUGGCCAGCCUGAAGUCUAGUGAGUAUCUGGCGAGUCCGACUACGGAUAUGACCAGCCCAGGGCUCACUCCGUCCUAAACCACAUACACACAAACACACACAGUUGCAUAUACCUGUAUUAUAUUUAUUUAGAAAUAAACUGAAAGCCUAGUAUUAAACUUUUUUACAGUCUGAGAAUCAGACUCUGGACCAGAUCUGACUGCACUGUGCUAACUCAAAGCUCAAUCAUGAAAAACUACCUAAAAUCUUCACAUCAGUAUUCGUCUUGUGGCUUUUAAUGUGCCAAUCUGCCUGACUCAAACAUUCUUCUUAAACACUAUGCUACACGGAUGGACAUUAACAACAAUCAUUUCCCACAAACAUUAGCUGUAAUGUCAUGAGCCUGACAGGUGCUCCAAUAAACGCUCCAGUGUGCCUCCCAGUUCCAUGUGGUGUUGCACUGACUGGGCUGAAAUACAUGCGAUAAUGAAAUACAGUGUGGCAACCUAAUUCAUUAGAUCACUGAAUGAAUCAUACUAAAGUUACAUUUAGAAUCAGAAUAAGAAGGAAUUUGGUAACGGAUGUUGGUGGCUCUCAAAGGUCCAGAUGUAAAAUAGUGUGACUAUACAUUUAAUUUACAGGCAAUGCUAUACAGUAAAAAUAAAUACAGACUACAAUAUACAGAGUAUGAGGCAGGUUAGAAAUGUAUAUCUAGAGUAUAAUGGUGCAAAUAACAGUAGGGUACAUCACAUAUAUGACAACUGUUUGUACAAUACACAAUAAAUGUGGGAAUGGUGCAAGCAGCAAUAGUGUGUGUAACAUGUGGAUGAAGGGAUGAGUGACUGUUCUUACAGUACAGUAUUUAUUGAUGUAAAGUGAAGUGUAACAAGAUUGUAAAUAGCAUGUUGGUGCUUUUAAAGUGGAGUGUUGCAGAUAGUCAGGGUCAGCUGUUUAUGAUGGAGAUUGCCAUCUUUGGUAAGAAAUUGUUCCUAUGCCUGCGGUUUUGGUGUACAAUGUUCUGUAGCGCCUACCAGACAGGAGAAGUUGUGUCCAGGGUAUGAGGGAUCUGUAAGUGAUUUUUCCUGCCUGUUUCCUGAUUCUUGUGGAGUAUAAGUGGAGUCAUGGAGAGACGGCAGCAGAACACGAUUGUUUUUUUGCCUGCUGUUUUUACUGUUUGCUGCAGUCUGUACCUGUCUUUUUUUGUGGCUGCACCAAACCAGACAGUAAUGGUUAUGCACAGGAAAGAUACAAUGACUGCAGUGUUCCAACAGCUCCUGUGGGUGACCAUAUCUCCUCAAUUGGUGCAGAAAGUACAUCCUCUGCCUGGGCCUUUUUGAGGAUUGAGUUUAUGUUAAACUCCUCUUUCAAGUCUUGAGUAAUGGUAGUUCCCAGAAACUUGAAGGUCUGUACAUAUGACACUGGGCGCUUGGAUAUUGUAAGGAGGAAUAAUGUUGAUGUGUGUAUUCUGAAGUCCGAUGUCAUCUCCACAGUUUUGAGCAUGUUCAGCUGCACCAUAGUACCUAUGCCUAUAUGCAUACUCAUCACCAUCAUGGAAGAAUCCAUGUAAUCUUCAAACUUCAGGAGUUUAACACCAAGGUCCUUGGAUGUGCAGUCAUUAGUAUAGAGGGAAAAAAUAGCACUGGGGAGAAGAGACAUACCUGGGGAGUGCCAGUGCUGGCUGACGUCCUGCCUGUCAGGAAGCUGGCGUUCCACUGACAGAUGGCAGGUGGUGCGCUAGCUCUCAGAGUUUGGAUGAGAAACCGGAUUUGUGUUAAAUACCAAACUAAAGUCAACAAACAAAAUCUGUGCAUAUUUUCCUGGGCAGUCAAGGUGAUGCAGGAUGUAGUGCAGCCCAUGUUGAACACAUCGUCCACUACCUGUUUGAUCAGUAAGCAAACUGCAAGGGAUUCCAUAACUGUCCAAUGACAUUGCUCAUGUGGGUCAAUACCAGCUGCUUAAAGCAUAACAUGAACAAAUAUCUGUUUGAUUAUCAUAAGCAUGCAAGGCUUUGUACUAGCUUCAUGGGUCAUGAGUGUGGAACUGAAAAAUCGUCUGACCACACGUGCCUGAGAAACCUAUUCAAGAGAGUCAUUUGGAUUUGCCACUUUAGUGAGUCGUACUUAAUAUCCUCAUAAUUUGUCGAAUCGUAGGACGUUGUAGAAUAUUAAUGAUGAUCUGUUGCUUUGAGCUUCACCACUGUGACCAAAGGGUAAGUGAUUGAUUUGUGUAAAUGAAAUGGUUUCAUGGUCAGUCAGGUGCUGUGUGUUGUGUAGCAGGCAGUGAAAUUCACUGUUGAAAAAAUUAUGAAAUAUAUCACGGAAAAUCAAUAUGAAAUUUGUCCAUCGGGUAAAUAUGGGGGACACACACACACACACACACACACACACACACACAACUGCUAUCCCAGGCCCAUAAUCCGCUUGUCCCAGGAGCACUUCCAGGUGAUUUGUCCAUCCCUGUAUUUUUAUAUAUAUUUCUUAUUCACCUUCCCAAAAAAAAAAAUCUACGGCUGUGUUCAAUGUAUUUAAUUCGGUUUAAAGCUCAGGACCUGCAAUCAUCUUUAACUUGUUUUAUAUUUUCUACAUAUUUUAUGCUGUCAUACACAAAGCUGGUUUUUUUCCUUCUUAGAUAUUUUUUACCUCAGUUGUCUUGAGUGAACUACUCAUGAUUACUUGAGCAUGACCGAAAUCCCCUUGUUACUUCUAUUUAUCGUUCUUAAAGCCAGAUAAAGUGUCCUGAUCUUACAUAUUUAUGAGCUGACUAUAAAUUCUCCAUCUUUUUUUAAAUAAACAUAAUAGUUUUAUUGUGCUUGUUUGCUUUGCGUUACAAACAGACAGUGAUUGAUGAACACUAGAGAUUUUUUAACGUGCCUGGGAGGAUUGUGAUGGACACAUUUGUGAAUUGUAGAUGCAGGUGAAAAGGAACAAAUCAGAUUGCUAACAUGGUGAAUGGUAGUUUUAUAACUUAUGGAUUUAGCAACGUUUCUAUUACUUUAAACACAUUCUAAGUAGAACAAGACACCGUGUUUAUACAUGGAUGUAAUAUAUUCAUGUUAUCGUAAACUCAUAAUGAGAAGCAUUGGAUACAUUCACCUGUGGUCAAGACAUUUCCUUUUUCUUUUGCAGUGUUAAACUAGUAAUGUUUUAUGAAUAAACAGGAUUUAAGCAAGCCUUACAGUGGUUAAAUCAUCCUGAUUUAAAAGUUGAUCAUAAACAAUGUCAUUAACGAGUGACGUUUUCAACUUCGAAAAACUUUCUGAAAACUUUCAUUAAAGCCAUUUUGUUAUUCCUAAGUGUUGAUUUAAAGGUCACAUAAGGUCACGUUUAGCAAAAACUAUUUUUGGGGGGAAAAUCGCAGUUUUGACACUUGCAAAAAAAUGCAUCUCUGUAUUGACUUUUAAUGUAUUCUUUAAUUUAGAUAAGAUUAGGAUUAGGACGUCGGAUAUCAUUCGAAGCUUCUGUUUGCUAAAAGUUUGGCGUAAUAAUUUAAUUUAAUUUAUUCGAUCUUUGCUGAAAUGCACGUUCCUUUUCAACAAAACGUGUUAGUAUUGGUGUUUGUGUGUUAUUGAUUUAGUUUAUUUGAUUUUGGUCAAAUGUGUCUUGACUAAAAGUUCUGAAUUCUUUUAUAGAGUAAUGUACAGUCAUAGUUAAACCGUUUAAAAAUGUUUUGUACUACAAAUGACCUUCCUGGCAAAAUGUGCUUUAGUAAGAUUAAACCCCUUUAAUCAUCUGAUUCUCUAAUAUACUCUAGUAAUGGAAGUCAUUUUGGAUAUGAAAAACCGCCAGUGAUUUGAUUUUGUCCAUCUGUUUUGAUAUACAUCCAUUAUUAUCAUCCGUUUCAUUUUUACACCAGGAAAUAAGCAUUACAUUUGUUAUUCCUUUGGUACCUGCUAUUAUCCAGCAUGUCAAACCAGACAUCCAAGCAUACAGCUGUUCAGGGUCUCAGAUAUUCCACUGAGAAUGGGGUUAAAAUCCUGACUAUCUGGCAACCAGCACUGACCAGUUACCACAGGGAUAUGUGGUCGGUCAGAUUUAAUAAACGAUGUAGUUUAAAUAAAAAAAUCUUCUCAUUACAUUGCUCAAACAAGCUCUAAUUUAAAUAAGAAUCUUGAUUACUUGAUUGAUUGCUGAAUUCACACCGUAGAACAAAAAAUUUACAUUGCUACAAUUAGCCGAUUAAAACAUGUAUGGGAGAAUAGCACGGUCAUUAAAAUCACAUACUCUUCAUUUUCUUUCUCUGUAUUAGUGGAUUAUUUAAUGAAAUAUGAAAUUAUGAAGUAAGAUUCAUUGCUAAUGACCUCCCACUGGACAUACUGUAGUAUAUGGGGGAUUAGAAAAUCCCUCUCAAUUAGAAAAGGCAGAAACGAGACCAAUAAAUGUUUAAGAAUCCUUUUUAACUUUGUAAUUUUAUUUACUGCAUACUGUGAUGUGGUUUUAUUUCUCAAACCAACAAACCUAAUGAAUGUUAAGUGAGGAGCAAGGCCGAGAGACGAAUAUUUUUUGUUACGGCACACCGUUAUACUCGGAGUAUACCGAGUACAAGCAGGUUGUCUGGAUGCAGGCAAAAAAAAUAUUUUUGCACUUUAUUUCUGUACAUCUAUCAGUUAUGGUUUCUUAACUAAACAAAAUUGCUUGCAAAUGAUGUUUGUGCAUUUUUGAUACUGUAAACUUGAUUACAUUCCAAAAUACAACCAAUAAACGUUAUUUCUUCCAAACCCAGAAUGUUUUUUGGUG